GUGUACUAUAAGUCUAUAAUGCUGAGAGAACUGGAAUGUGGGGAUCGAAGUACAUGUUGUGAAUAAGUUAUGGAUGGACUGUGGUAACUGCUUUGUGGCUGGUGAGCUGGCAAAGUUGGUCGAUUUUAUUCCAAAAAAUAUGAUAAGAUUGGUAUUAUUAACAUGACGAGAGUCUAUGUGGCCUUUGUUUCUUGGAAAAUUCAAUUGCCUUAUGAUUACAACCAUUGUUAUACUGAAUUGCAGGUUUACAUAAUAAGGUCCAAUGAUUUGGCCGAAGUGGAUGGGGCUUUAGGUCUACUGAAUUUGGAUGCUCAUAUAAAACAAAAUGGCGCAGGCAAGUUUAUAAUACCGUCAAGGUUACUGUUUUCUCAGUGAAUUUCCUGUUGAUUAGUGGUAUUGUUUUUGGAUGGCAGAUUUCAUGGAACAAAAGGGUAAUGUAAAUGCAGUAAUGGCCAUUGUACCCAGCAAAAGUGCCAAGAAAAGGCGCUGUAAAGUUCCCCAAUCAUCUUUCCUUCGAAAGAAGAAGAGGAAGCCUAGCAAGCCAAGAUCAUCAUUUCAUGACGGGCAACCACCAGCUGGGCAAUCUGAAAACGACAGCGAAGAAGUUGGUUCUGAAGUCUUGGAAGGUUUCAAAUUAUCCUUUCCUGGACUUAAGUUUGAAGAUAUCCAAAGCUUUGAGGACUUUAGCAUUGUGAUCGAAGGGUUAGUCUUAGAUUCUGAACUAACUGAAGACGUACGAAGAAAGUACUACAAGCUCUGUUGCUGUCAAAAUGCUUUCCUUCAUAAAAAUCUCAUCAAGGGGCUCAAUUUCAAGCUGAUUGCUGGGGUCAUUUCUGAAACCAUUAGUAUUGCUGAUGCCAUGAGAGGUUGCGAUCUUUCAACUUCACAGGAUGAGUUUGCUACCUGGGAUAAGACAUUGAAAGCGAUUGAGCUUUUCGGUAUGAAUGUCGGGUUUCUACGUGCUAGGCUAACACACCUUGUUACCCUUGCCUUUGAUUCUGAAGAUGCUGCAAAAACAAGAAGGUACAUGGAAGCUAGAACUGAGAGACUCCACAUUGAAGAUGAGAUAAGAAACAUAGAAGCAAAGCUUGAAGGACUGAAAGCAACGCAUGAAAGGUACGGAUCUGAUGUCGAGAAUCUGAAAACAAGAGCUGAAAGAUACGAGGUCAGGUUUAACCGGGAGGUUCUUGCUCCAUGGUAAACUUUACUAUGGAUUCAAACAUCACCGAGAGUCGCGAUACUUUCACUAUGGUGCAGGGGAGUAGUUUUCUUACUCGGAAACUAAGGUGUUUGGUUUCUGGAUGGCUUGCGGUUGCUUGAGAUCAGAGGUGGAAAGCAACAGUAGUGUAGAAAAGUGUGAUAAACAUGGUGUAAUAUUUCCAAAAUUUAAAUGUUGUAGACAGUUAAUGUGCCUAGCAAAUGAAGAGAGAACAUUGUAAUGAUCUUCCUGUUUGUAAGCAGGGUAAUGUUGUAAUCUUUGUAGACGUGUAAUGAUUUGAAGAACCAUGUAUCGCCAUUUUUCUGGAAUUGCUCUUCCUUACAUUUUCAGCUUGUUCAGGUUUUCAUGUGACAGCAUACUGUAAACAUAACAAGCAGGUUUUUGUUGUUUUGGAGAUGCAGAUAGUUAAUGCACUCUGCGGCUGGUACUUCUCCCAGUAGGCUGCAAAGACUGGCUAAGGUAAGAGAUCUUUGCCCUUGAUAUUUAUUAUUUUUUCCCUAGCUGUAGCUGAGACUAAUAUUCUGUCACUUAUCUAAUAGCAGAAUCAGCCCUUUUUUUCUCAAUCGGAUGCAUCAUGGAUGGGGAGCCACUCUGUCCAGUAUAUACACUUUUGACUGCUGAGGAGGCUGAUUUCAGGGGUAGAUUAGCCAGACUUAUCAGAAAGCUUUUGCUGCAGAAAAUAAAGGUGGUGGUCAUAACAAAGAAAACGGUGGAGGUAAGCAUUCGAACCCAAAAGUCAUUUUAUUGGCUCUUUUAGUUUCCAUCUCCAAUCAAAUUGAACUACUUUAGCUCUACGAGACUAGGACUAUAAACAGUAUAACGUUAC